CAGAGCAGAAUGCCGUCUGUUGCCUGUUCAUCUGGUUGAUCUCUCAGCUGACAUGAUAUUCAUGUGCAUUUUCUUCUCUGGGGUUUGGGCAAUGGCAGAAGGCUCGCUGCAGGUAGUUCAUAGGAAAAUCCAGUUGGCCAAGACAGGAGAAAAUGUAACUUUGCAAUGCCGGCUAGUCACGGAUUAUGAAGUGCUGCAAGUUACCUGGCAAAAGGAGAGUGGAGAGGCCAAGGGCAACAUUGCAACCUACAGCAAGGUGAAUGGUCAGCGAAUCUUGGGUGACUAUGAAGGCCGUGUGCACUUCGCCCAGAGUGAGCUGAAGGUCUCUGCCAUUGCUAUACAUGCAGUCUCCCUGCAGGAUGAAGCCUGUUACAAAUGUAUCUUCAACUCAUUUCCCAUGGGAUCCAUCACUGGCAGGACAUGCCUCAAGGUCUAUGCAAUAUCGGAGCCCCGACUGGAGGCCAAGCUUGUGUCCCAUCCAGAUAACGCUGAGGAGGAAAUGCUGGAAAUAAGCUGCUCGGUAACAGGGAAACCGCCUCCAGUGAUCAGCUGGAACCUGUCCCACCACCUUCAGCAGCCAGUCAAAACAGACAGUCACUGUUAUCAGCAAUUUCACAUAUGUCCGCUCCAGGAUUCACUGGGAGCAGGCACCUAG